UUUUUUUUUCUUAACAACAUCUUUGAAUCUCUCGGCUUUAAAACCUCUUCACUUCGUUCAUAUCUCUUCCACCCUUGUUUUUAUUAUUGUUAUUUUUUUUUUCUUCAUAUAUAUUCCGUACGUAAAACUAUCUAAAAUCUCUGUAGCUUUCCUUCUAUUUUUAUUUUUCUGGGUUGAGUUGAGUCCUUCCAAGCUUGGAUUUUGGGAAGUUUGGUUCGUGGUGUGAUGGUCAAUUUUCUCUCGAUUUUUUUUUUUUGUAGUUUAACGGUUAUUUGCGAAAACUCAUUCCAGAUAAAGUGAAAAAGAAAGAAAAGAACAAACAAAAAACAAGGGGUUUUAGGGGACGAAAAUCAAACAAAAAUGGAAAACAAUUCAGGGGUUUGUAAAGAAGAUGAGCUGAUGGAGUUGCCACCAGGUUUUCGAUUUCACCCAACUGAUGAAGAACUCAUAACUCACUACUUGUCUCCCAAAGUUCUCAACAAUCGAUUCUCAGCCAGAGCUAUUGGCGAGGUUGAUUUGAACAAGUGCGAGCCUUGGGAUUUGCCUUGGAGAGCGAAAAUGGGUGAAAAAGAGUGGUACUUUUUCUGUCAAAAAGAUAGAAAAUACCCAACUGGUUUGAGAACCAACAGAGCUACCGAUGCAGGGUACUGGAAAGCCACAGGAAAAGAUAAAGAAAUUUUCAAAGGCAAAACUCUCGUUGGGAUGAAGAAAACUCUGGUUUUCUACAAAGGAAGAGCCCCAAAAGGAGAAAAGUCCAACUGGGUUAUGCAUGAGUACAGAUUAGAAGGAAAAUACUCUGUUUAUAAUCUCUCCAGAGAAAACAAGAACGAGUGGGUGAUUUGCCGAAUCUUUCAAAAGAGUUGUGGUGGGAAGAAAACGCAUAUUUCAGGGUUGGUGAGGUUGAGCCCUUAUGGAAAUGAACUGCGUCCUUCUUUACUACCUCCAUUAAUGGAGUCUUCUCCUCCAUACAACAACGACCCAAGAACCACUGUCGGCAAUACUAGUAGUAACAGUACUGCAACUCACGUGACCUGCUUCUCCGACCCAAUGGAGGAACAGAAAAGUCAACCGGAAGCCAUGAUUGAAAGCCUCAACAACCAUCAACAUCAACACCUUCUUCAUCAAAGCUCUGUCUUCUCCCAUAACCAAAUCCAACAAAGCUUUGGGAAUUUACAGUACGCAGAUUCUCUUCUGAUGCAAGACGACUCAAUCUUGAGUAUGUUGAUCGAGAACAAUCCAGGUCCAGAAAUGAAAGGUUGUCGAUCCGAAACAGACUACUCACCACAAGAAACAGGGCUCCGAACAAACGACAUGGCUCCUCACAGGUCGUUUGAUGAUAAAAACGACCCGUCGUCUUCGGUUGGUCCUGUUGACUUGGACUGCCUCUGGAAUUAUUGAACUCUCAACUCCAUGAUGUGAAGAAAUGAGCAAAGAGUGAAACAUAAUUUGUUCACUAAAAAAUUACCAUGUAUAGAUUCUAUUAUUGAUCCAUAAUAUUCUAGGUAAGUUUAUUUUGAAAAAAAAAAAAAGCUAUGUAUAAUAGGGAAUUUAAUUACUACAUUCACAAAAAUCUUUUAACGUUUAUAUGUUUUAGGUGGUGGGUUUAUAAUUUGUAAAAUUGGGUUGUAUACAAAAUCAUUCAUAACUUGGAAUUGAUUAUUUUAAUUA